UCGUGCACACUUGCACAGUCGCGUAAAACUCGACCGCGAACCAUUACGACUGUGGAUUCCUUUGUGAGUGGAAGUUGAAAAGCGUGUUCUCUCGUCCCAAAGUCAGCGAUUGUUUUGUUUAACCAGAAGCAGUGAAGAAAAGUCUACCAGCAAAGGCAAGAAGAAAUGGCGCGUACCAAGCAGACCGCACGUAAGUCGACUGGAGGAAAGGCUCCACGCAAGCAGCUGGCCACCAAGGCCGCCCGUAAGAGCGCCCCGUCUACCGGAGGCGUGAAGAAGCCGCAUCGUUACCGUCCCGGUACCGUGGCGCUUCGUGAAAUUCGUCGGUACCAGAAGUCGACCGAACUUCUUAUCCGCAAGCUCCCCUUCCAGCGUCUGGUCCGUGAAAUUGCCCAGGACUUCAAAACUGAUCUCCGUUUCCAGUCGGCCGCUAUCGGUGCUUUGCAGGAGGCGAGCGAAGCUUACUUGGUUGGAUUGUUCGAAGACACAAACUUGUGCGCCAUUCACGCAAAACGCGUGACAAUCAUGCCGAAGGAUAUUCAGCUGGCGCGCCGCAUCCGAGGAGAACGUGCUUAAAAAGCUGCAUUAGUAGUAAUUAUCUUCUUUAUUAUUAUUUUAUAACCAUAACUAUCGUACAAGAAGAAGCAAGUUCUUCUAUGAAGUAAAACAAUGGACGCGUGUGUUGUAGUAACUUUGGAUUUCUGAUAGUAGGACUCAAUCAAACAUUAAUCGAAGUUCGUAAGAUAACUCUGCAUUUUCUUGUUUCGAAGAAAAGUACCCAAGCAUAAGAAGAACUGUAUGCGCUGGUUUAGUUUCUGGAUAAUUCAAGGUGCAAACUAGAGGAUUUAAAGCAUAAGCACGAUUCGUCCAUUUGCA